CCAAGACGGAACUUCUAUAUAUUUUUUUAUCGCAUACUCAAAUCCAGUCUAACGCACCAUUCCCAAAUCUUUCGAACCAAAUUCAAAGUAGAGAAAGUAGGAUGCGAUGCCGAGAAUGCAUGGAAGAGUGCUGCUCUGGUGCGGCGCUGUUCGUGUGCAAUGGGAUCGACCUGGCGUGCGGCAUGGCUCUCGUGGCAUAUGGUUCUUACCUCGGAUUGAACCACUUUGCGCCGGAAUGGCUGUUCGGCCCAUUGCUCGCCCUCGGCGGCCUGCUCGUCUUGACAGCGCUCAUGAGUUGGUGUGGAUCUGCCAGUCGCAGUUGCACCUCCCUGCUUCUCGUGUCUUCCAUGCUUCUGGUUCUUGUGGCCUUGUUUGAGCUCGUGCUGGCGAUUGUCAUCUUCACGCAGGGCACCGCCAUUGAACACUUUCUUGAGGACCACCAAGCGCAGUUGCACCUCACCGACGACGAGCUUCGCGUGCUGGAGAAGAACAAGUUUAUCCCCGCGUACAUUCUCAUCGGUUUGUUCGUCAUGGAGGUGUUUCGCUACUGCUGCAGCUCGUACCUCCGCCGCUCGCGCCUGGAGAACAAGUACGCCUACAUGAAUCUGAAGAACCUCAAAGGCAUGGAAGCCGAGCUGGUGCGAGACAGCCGCAAGCAGGACUUGUCCUCCAAGUACGAAAACCUCAAGGGCCACUACAAGGCCAAAUAUGCCGGCCAGCCCCUCGUCUCGUGAGUAAAUCCCAAAAAUGUAUGUGUAUAUCCCAAUAUCCGCGACCUUUCGGUGUGUGGAUAAACUAGUACUACUAACAGUAGUACUGGUGUAUUUCAGAGAAAGUGAACGACAGACAAUACAACCCAUAUAUGUAUCUAAGC